AUGAUCGUCGUCUUGGUCGACGAGGAUAUGCGAACAAGACAAGUCAAACAAAAGAUCGAAAGGACAAUACAUGGCGAUCCUCUGGCCUCUGACAAUGGGCGGACGGGUCAAGGGGAAGGGAAAAUAUGGGUCCGAGGGGGUGAACCAAAAGAUUCUUGGUUCACCCCCUCGGACUCCCCCUCCUUCUCAAACCCGCAUUCCAAUCGUUUCGGAGGAUUGCUACUAUCAUUAUAUCACUAUAUCACUAUGUUAUUGUCACCUCUUAGGACUCUGGCAAGAUGGAAGUUGGCCCGUCAUGGAAAUCCUUCCCUCCCAAAGAGACUCCUAGCCAAAUAUGGAUCAUGGCCGCGAAAGAGUCUAUCGACAAAGCAGCAGAAACAAUUCGUUCUGCAAAUUGGUUACACGACGCUGUAUACUUCUUGGAUAACAGCAGUCAAAGAGUUCGCAGCGAAAGUGUUUCAAAAAGGGAUGAGCGACAUUCAACACCACACCGACACACUGCUUGACCUAUACUUCAGGCUCACAGUUGGCACGAACCCGAUCCUGGGCGCCGACGAUGUCCCGAAGGAGGUCGUGCCUAUCACGAAGCAGUACGAGAACAAUCGAAGACUGGCUCUCCUUCAGGACAUGGUCGAUAUAGGAGGGCUGGAAUGGCAACAAGCCCUACCGUUGCCGAGGACUGCCAUAGGAAUCAGCAAGCUUAGAGCUUUGGUCGCCUUGGCCAACGAGUGUGUAGACUUUAAGGAAGUUCGGCGCCUUAUCGACUCCGAAUUGGCUAAGCGACCUCCGGCCCCGCCGGACCAACAAAAGGCACCACUCGUAUCCCGGAAUGAGAUUCAAAGCGCCACCGACUAUAUCAAAGAGGCAAAACGCGUCGCAGCGGCCGAAGAGGAACGAAUUGCACAGAUCCAAAGCGAGGCUCAUAGACAGGCCGAACGGCAACGGUUGGAACAGGGGGAGCAGCGACGGUGGGAGGAGGAAGAGGAAGAGCGGCAGCGACUGAACACAGAGAAGGUCGCUGCAGAGAAGGCCGCUGCAGAGAAGGCCGCUGCAGAGAAGGCCGCUGCGAAGAAGGCAGGAGGAGCAUCCAAAUCUAACCCUACCGUCCCCAAGAAGAAGACCGAACAGAAUAAGGCCAAGGGAUCAAAGGCCAGCCAGCCGAAAGUUGGUUUUACAGGGCCGUCUUCCCGCCCGCAGUCCUUAUGGGAACACAGGGAAGAACACGGGCCUUUCGGCAGCCCGACUCUUACCAGUUGGACUGGUGAUGCGGAUAAAACCUGCGCAGAGGCAAGUAGCCGGUGGCAGCAGGAAGUCCAGCAGGCUCUUCAGGACUAUAUUCGAUUCCCUGCGCCGGAUCGUCGAACGAGGCUGGACGAAGCGUGUCGAGGUGAUCCGUCCGGCCUGAAAGAGGCUUUUGGAGUGAUCCAGGCUGGUCUGCCUGGACUGGAUUGGCACUUUCAUAAACUCCCCCACACGAUCGAUGAACUGCGUGUGACCAACCGGCAGGACCCUUUACCUGGUCCCUUCAACCUCGAACAGGGCGAAUGGAGAAAUCGUCUACAGGUUUGGGAGGAGUCGAUCGACGCUCUCAAGACCAUCACCGAGAAUACCAUAGUGCGAAGCAAGGAUGACGAAUGCUUGGCGCUGUACUUCAAAGCGGGAAUGAAUUCAGAGGAGACCGGUUUGGCACAUCGGACCAUCAAAGCGUUCUUGCGUACCUGGGAUGAGUCCAACGCAGGUCUCCCGAAUCCCAGGGAAUUGACAGUCCCCAAAUGGGCGGGAUUAUUCCAGAGUGGUGAGAUCGAACUCACCUUUGCAGAGGGUUUGUCUGAAGAUUUCGUCAAAGAGAAGCUGAGCUGCGAAGCGGCAUUUACGUUCCUGCGGGACAUCGAGCCGAUGUUGUGCAGGAGGGAAGGAUUGGACAAGAUAGCAAGGGAGCGAGCGGACUUUAGUUCCCUCUUCGGCUCCUCUCGAGGUAUUCAUACGGGGUUCCACUUCCUUAACAACGUACAACAGCCGCCGUCAUUGACGCCAUCGAAACAAACUACUGAAACAGACUCCGCCAGGACAGAAUUGAUGAUUACAACCCGCCUGCAGGUGAACUUGACGGUCAUGACGGCCUUCUCGCAAGGACCCGUUACAGGUGGAGAGUUUUUGGUAGGAACCAGAUACCAUCAAUACAAAUUCAGCUCGGCCCCCGGUGCUUUGCUGUUUUUCCGAGGGGAUCUGCUUUAUCACGCGACUGCCGUUACCAGGACGUACGAGCCAAGUAGCACAGGAUCCGACGAUGAAGAUGAAGAUCCCGAGCGAACCACCUUCAUCCUCGAGCCACACGAUUGGCCAAUGAUGGAGCGCGAACGUCCACGGGAGUUGAACCAGGGUGGCACGAGCAAGCCCCUUGCAGCAGAUCUAAUGAACUUGGUCUAG